ACUUUCCAGGUUCGAGGGUAACGAGAAAGUGUGCGAUCUUUGCCAAGAGAAGUUUCACUUCGUGACCAGACUGGUAGCCCAUUUGAGGAUCGUUCACGGCAUCCACAGGCCUUUCAAGUGUAUCACCUGCGGGAAAACGUACCCGCAGCAGUUCAUGCUGAACGCGCACGUGAAAAAGUCCCACACGCCGAAGACAACCCCUUGCGGCCAGUGCAGUUUCAUGGGGGUGAACGCGACGGACGUGGACAGGCACGCGAAGCGGCAUCACCGCGAGGUGAAGUUCACCUGCGAAAUCUGCAGCGAGAAUUUCAUCGACAAAGACUCGCUGAUGACGCACACGGCCAUGCACAACUUUAUGCAGUAUCAACAGUGCAACGCUUGCGGUAGCACGUUCAAUGACGUGUACAGUUUGAAGGAGCACAACCGACUCUACCACUACGACCCGGCAGCCAUGAUCCAAGAGAAGCUGGACGAAGGUGGCCAGCAGUCCUCCAUGCACAAGUGCGACGUUUGCGGUAAGGUUUACAAAUAUAAAUCCGUGCUGAAGCAGCACAAGGUAAAAGCUCACGGCGAUACGCCGAAUUACGAAAGGCGCCGUUACCUGUGCGCCCUUUGUGGCAAGGAGCUGAAGACAGCGAAAGGCUUGGAGAUCCACAAUCGGUCGCACACGGGCGAGAAACCGUACACUUGCGAAGUGUGCGGCAAGUGUUUCGCCUGCGAGACACUGCUCAGGACGCAUAACGUAACGCACACAGGGGAACGGAAAUAUUCGUGUGAUCAAUGCGGCAAGGCGUUCACUCAGAGAUCCACUUUGGUGGUGCACAAACGCUAUCACACCGGUGAACGGCCGUACGUUUGUCCGCGGUGUGGUAAGGGCUUUGUGACGAGGACUGUUCUGAACACUCACAUGAAAUCGUGUCGCUGAGAACGAUGCAACAGUCGUUAGCGUUUAACCGUGGGUCAUAUCGUCUUGGGAGAACCAUAUUUGUGGUAUUUCCUCACAUUUUGUACAUUUUUGUGUAUAAAAAUUGCAAUAUUGGGGGAACUCGAAGUCAAUUGAAUAAAAUUGUUUAGUGUACGUACUGGUUUAUUUUUGGAAACGUCAUGUUUAGAUGUAACAUGCAUCGAUUUUACGUGUAUUACUGUAGAUCUCGUGGAUGUUGCAAUUUCUAUAUAGGGAAAUACAAAUUGUGAUCCACUUUAAAAAGAUUGCAGAUGAACUUGUUAUCCAUCCGAGAUGGAUUGAUCGCUCAAGCGAUGAAGCCGAUCGCUUUAGGGAAGGCAGCUUUCGUUGUUAAUUUCUGUGUAUAGGAAAUUUAGCUGUCUCACGAAGUGAAGAUUACGAAUACUUUUACAUUGUUAGGAUUUCUUGGCGAAAUUUUGCGGAACGUAAAGGAAUUUGUAGUUUUUUAAUGAGCUCGUUGAUUUAAGUAGCAGCUUUUGCAACGCCGUCCUUAAUUUUAAUGUUCGGGUACUGGUUUCUACAACGCCUCCUUAGGUCUAAGGAUACCAUUGUACUCUUUUAUAAACGUAGAGAAUAAUUUUCAGUGUAUUUCGUUAGCUCCGAUAUUUCAGCUUAUAAAGCUCUUCGCUUAAAAGCAGGUUUCUUCAGUUUUAAGUCGACUGGACUUUAAGGAAUCGCAAGAAUAUCAAAUUCCCCGACGGACCGUUUGGGAAAUUAAAUAUUCAAUGCAUAUAAAGUCAGGUACUGAUUGUUCUUUAAUCGGGUACAUAUUUUACGGAUAAUAUUAAUAGAUUAAUGUGAUAAAUCUGACGGAUCAGAUUUCUUACUUUUUUAUACGCCGUUUUUUAUACCCUUUUUAUACGUAUACAUAUACAUAACGUUAGAAUUAAUAUUUUCGAAACUGAAUACUCAUCGAAGACUGUGUCUUGCAAUUGACGAAGCGAACAACAAUUUUUACAAA